AUGUCCUGGCUCCUCAAGAGCAAACGGCUCCAGUCGGCUGGCCAUGGAGCUAACACCAAUGGCACCAGCAACAACAGUACCAAUACCAACAACGGCAACAACACCGGCAGCAACGUCAACAGUAUUUAUAGCCUGGGCAGUAGCAACCUCAGCAACAGCAGCCUCAACAGCAGCACAACGACAGGCCUUGGUCAGCAGCAGUAUGGAGGCAACAGCAGUAACAUCAACCUCAGCACCACCUCCCUUUCCCUUCCUUUCUCUCAAAGCAACAUUAACACCAGCAGCAGCACCAUCAACCUUUUACAUACCAGCACCACCAACAACCAUAUCGACGCGGGCGAAGACAUGGUCCGGUCCUAUGCUGCUGCCAGUUCGCAGCUCGAAACUCAAAAGACUGCUUUCAUGCGCUGGGUCAACGUCCAGCUCUCCGCCAACAACCCCUCAUACGUGCCCAUGACAUCCAUCGAACGCGACCUUCGGGAUGGAAAGCGGCUGAUUGCCCUACUCGAGGCCGUCUCACAGGAACCCCUAAAGCCCGAGCGAGGCAACAUGCGCAUCCACCAGAUGGCAAACGUUUCCAAAGCACUGGCCUUUCUGGAAAAACGGACCGACGAAGGACUGGGCACUGUCGGGAAUGAGGACAUUGUGGACGGUAACGUCAAACUGACCCUAGGCCUCGUGUGGAUUAUCAUCUACCGCUUCCAAAUCCAACAAAUGGCCAAUACUGUCGCAGAGCUCUAUCCACUCCUCGCCACGGGAGAUGAUCUGGACACGGAGGAGGCACCGGCUCCCAAAGGCAAGAAGAAAGGCUCUUCUCACCAGGUCGAUGCCAAACAGGCCCUCUUGCGCUGGGUUCGCUAUCAACUGGAAGACUAUUCCGAUGUGAUUCCCCCAAUUCAGGAUUUCCAUCGCUCCUGGAGGACAGGUCUAGUUUUUACUGCACUCAUCCAUCGACACGACCCAGAGUUCCUACCAGAGUUCUAUUCGACCAUCUUGCCCUUGACCUUCGAGACAGCUGACGAGUGGCGGCGGACGCUCACCCGAGCCUUCGAGGUAGCAUACGAAUGUAUGAAGUUGCCACAGCUCCUUAGUCCAGAAGACUUGGUCGAGAUCGAAACACCGGAUGAGCGAUCCAUUAUGACCUACGUCUCUGAAUACUACAGCGUCAUGUCAAAAACACAAUCGGAGCAGGAUCCAGCCCUUGCGGAGGAGUUGCGGUCACGGCGGCGGCAAGCAAAGGACGAGCGGUUGGCUCUCGCAGGAGAAGAUCAGGAGGCACGGAGGCGUCGACUCCAGGAAGAACAAGAGCGCAAGCGUCGAGAAGAUGAAGAAGAACUGGAGCGCAUUCGACUUAAGCGGAUGGAAAUCGAAGGCUGGUCCAUUCGAGCCGCUGAGAGGGCCAAAGAGGAGGAAGAGGCCCUCCGGAAACGACGCGAAGAGGAGGAGGAACGACGGCUGCAACGACAACUCAGACGUGAGCAACGUGAACGUGAGAAGGACCUCUUGCGACGACAGUCUUUAUCGAUAUCCACCGGAGCGGACGGACAACUGCCCGCUGGAAUCAGGAACGAGGACGGUUCCUACUCAUAUCCAGGCCAUCUCAGCAACGACGACGACGACGACGACGAGGUCGUAAAGGAUCUUGGGGGCAACCAUGGUAUUAGCAUUGAAGGGGGUCUUCGGGUCGACUAUGUCAUUUCGGAUUCCGACCACGAGGACUCUGAUGUGGAACUGGAUGCGGAGCAGUCGCCGUCCACGGACAUCAAAGACCCAGAAGCACACAUGAGCCCCAUGGAUCUUGAACGGCGCCAGCAGGAGUUGAACGAAAAGUUGGCAGAAUUCCACAUGGGCAUUCUCGAGCUCUCCGAGUGGAUCAAACAGCAAGACAGGGAGUUUCCGCAUGCACCCAACACAAAAUCUCUACUGGACCGGUCUAAGGAUCUGGAGCCUCUGACGGAUGUCAUUAAGGCGAUCGAGGAGGAGCAGGCUGUCAAGGAGCACGUCAUGUCCCACCUCCACGACGUUCGAGAGGAGCUCCUCGAAUAUGAAAACCCGGAUUUGCCUCCUGAACAGAUCAGCGAGUUGGACAAGAAAUGGUGGGAACUGGAGACCAUCUGGACAGCGCUCACCAACAAAGUCGUCGAAACCAAGGACACUGCUGAGGAGGUGAAAUGGAUCAUCGAUUGCACCCAGGAGAUCGACCGCGUCAACGGCGAGAUUCUAAGGAUUGAGUCCCAGCUGGAGGCCUUUGCGGAGAAGCGAUCGCAGGAGACGCCACAGGACCGAUCCCAAAAGCCGAUUCUGGAGAAGCAGGAUGUCAGCCUCACGGCGAUUAGUUUCCUGCUCGAGUCAUACGUCGACUUCUUGACGGCUCUUAUGGACCCCAAGGUGCACCACUACGACGCUCCCGAACAUCUCACCGCCCGCAACAACGAACUCACGACUGUUCGGUUACCCCAUCUAGCCGUCAUCAUCGAGAAGGCCCAGCAGAACCUUUCGAACGAUCGUCUCCUACGACAUUUCUUGGAUUCGUUUGUCUUGUCCGAGGCUUGGAUCGGCGAGAGUGUCGUCUGGCUGGCUAACAUCGAAGUGCCCUCGUUUGUCUCUGAGGACGAAUGGAAGGGAUGGAAGGCCGUCAAGGAGUACAUGGCCCGCGACUUAACUCAGGACGCAGACCUAGAUUUUUUCAUGACAGAGCUCCAGGAACUCAAGGGUGAGCUUGAGGAGGAACAAGGCGAAGUCACGGCAUUCCGUCUGAGCGGGGUUGCCAAACUCGAUGAGCAGGUCGAGGCGGUCAAGAAGGCCGUUGCGGAUACGCAGGACGUCACAGCAGAAGGAACGACGAAAGCGGUCCAGGACCUGAUGCGCGGUGUCAUGAACAACUUAGAGAAGGUUGAGGAUCUGCUGCCCAAGGAAGCGACCCAUUGCGCUUACGCCACCCGUGUUUUGGAGUACCUUCUUACGGCGCGUUCGAUCCUUGAUGGUAUGGAAGAUACGAUGGACGCAAUCAAUGCCUGGGAGAUGCGGCAGCCUGAUGCAGAGGUUGAGGCAUUGGUGACUGGUGUCGAGGACGAGCUGGCCCAACUCGAGGCGACUUUUCAGCAACCACCAUUGGAAGGGCGGGGUCCUGAGGAACCGACAGUCCAGGCAGCUGUCCAGAAGCGCCAUUCCGGUCUAGUCUGCCUUGUCAAGGACCUGCGGGUGUGCUUCCACGAGAAGCAGGAGGCCAUUAAGGGGGAUCGACAGAUGAAGGAGUUCCUCGAGGUCACUCUUUCCUGCCAGGCUGCAUUGCAGGAUAUCAAGUCCAAGUUCAGCAAGAAGCCUACGUGGAUCGGAUUUGGUUUGGAGGACAAGACACCCCUGGACAUCUUCGCUGCCCAGGUUCAGGCCAUCGGUCAAUCCCUUGAAAAGUUCGAGUCGGUGGACUACCAGGCCUAUGAGGUCAUGGGAGCUCGAGUCACGGCCAUGGCCGCGACUUCUGGUGCCAGACAGGAUCCCGCCAUUGUCCAGUCUAAGCUUCGUGCCGUCAAAGCUCUGCUGGAAGAGGUCAAGAUUCUGAGGUCGGAUCGCGAGCGUGAUUCAGAGAUGAUGGCAGAGUGCCGGCAGUUGACAGAGUCCCUCUCAACGUUGCGUGCGGAUCUGGCUGCUCUUGAGACAGACUACUCGGCGUUGGAGCACCUGGAGCCGAACCAGCACGGCGAUCUGAUGGAGCUCGGCCACCGUUCCAGUGCUCUCAGCAAUCGGUUGGUCGCUUUGGAGCAAGAGUCCGUUUUUCCGAUUCUCGAGAAGGACAAGACUUGCGCUGGUCUCUUUGACGAUAUCAAGCGGAGUAAGGCCUCAAUUCAACAGACACAGGAACGUCUCCAGACCCGCCUGGGACUGAAGCAGCAAUGGGACACAGCUUGGAAUGCCUUCACCGACCGAGCAGUGUUUUUGCAGCAGUACCUCGAGACCUCCGAGAAGGACAUGCACGAGCGAGGAUAUGUCGGCAUGGACAGCUUUGCCGCCGACGAGCAGUUGUGGAAGAGGACCGCGGAUUCUGUUCGAGAAACUGCUGUCGCCAACACCGAGCACUUUACGAGCCUCGAGGAGUUCAAGACAGGCCGACUUCCCGAACUGGUUGCCCUGGCCAAGGCUUUGCAGCGGGUUGUGAACAAGGCUGGUGAUCUUCAUAAGUUCGAUGAGGCUCGCGUUGAGCAGCACCGCGAAUCAGAGCAGCUGCAGCAGAGCCUCAGAGAGCAUCUCGACCGCCUGUUUACCUUGAAUGACAAGGAAAAGCAUCAUUUGGAUAGUGUCCGCCAGCGUCUUCUCUGGGUUGACCAACUGGUCGAGUCCCAGUCCGAGGUCAAUGUUUUGGCCACCACAUGCAAAGAUGCCGUCAAUGGAUACACUGUCAUUCUGGAAGCAAGCAAGCAAGAUCUUGACACCUCAGGCUUGAACCACAAGGCUGCGGUGCAUCUGAAGGACCAGAUCCAGCACCUUGUCUCGAUCGCCGGUACCCAGAAGCAUCCACGCAUCAACGCCGCCCUGCGCACCUAUGCAGAUCUCAAAGAGCUUGCACCUUCUCACUCUGAGGCUUCAACAACGCCGGCAUCGACCCCACAAGAUGGCGCCCGCCGAAUGACACCCGAGGAAAAGCAAAUGCCAUCGCACCUGGAGAAUGAGCUCGCAUCCUUCCAGCAACAGUACACCCAAUUGGACCUUCAGCUCAACUAUGCAGGUCAAUUGGCCGACCAUGCUGCUCAGGUGGCCCAAUACCUUGAGAAAGCAGAUGGAUUGGACGGCGAGUUGCUUGCAAUGGCAUCAGAUCUUCAGGAGGACAUCGAGGCUUCGCACGACACAGUAGAGAAACUGGAGGCUAUCCGGAAUCUCCUCAGCGGUCUUCCCAAGGAACUCAAGUUGGUUGUGUCGAAUGGACCCAUGCCUACCAAGCAUGCUGCCGUAGAUGAGCAGCGCGACGGAUCUUCUCCCGACCAGUCAUCAUCGCAGGGUUACCUGACAGACUUGGAGUCUGUUCUCAAGCGACGACUCGAUCACACUUCAGACCUGAACAGGGCAUUGGAUCCCCUUUUGGCCGAGUACCAAGAACUUCUUCACUACCAGGACGGCCUUCGUGACCUUGUUGUCGAGUUGGAGGAUCAGCGCCCAUGGGUGGACGAGUCCAAUGAUAAGGUCCAGUCUAUUCGCGACCAAGUCGAGGAUUUGUCUUCCUCGUGGCCUGGCGAGAGCGGUUCUCGCUCCGGAGGAGCAGCCAGCCAAUUUUCAACCCAUGAGGCACAGCUGACUGAGCUCGAGCGUCUCAAGGCAGAGUUGGCCCAGGAGGCUGCACAUGUCGAGGACAAGAAGAAGGAGUUCCAGGCCGUCCAACAGAGGAUCCAGGAAGCUCUUGAGAGCGCAACCAUCCAUUCGAAAGUGCUUCAAAUAGAGUUGGAGGACUCUUUGGACACGCUCGAGAACGCCAUCGAGGAGUUGGAGACAGACAUCCGUCAUCGCUCAUACCAAGUUGACUGUCUUGAGAAGCGAGCGUUGUGGGAGCAGCAGUUGGCACACGCUAACAACUGGUGCCAGGACAUUGACCAGGCCAUGUCGCAGGUUGCGGUCGAUCAAGCACAGUGGACUAGAGAUGCUAACGAUUCUUCAGCCGAUGAACAUCUUCGACUUCAGCAGCUCCUUGAUGCUCGUGUGAGCGAGUUUGAGGCCCAGCUCAAGGCCUAUGAUGACGAGACCAAGCCUAAGGUUGACCAGGCAUGGACCACGUUGGGUGCUGCACUCGUGUUUGUUGGCCAAGCAAUCCCUAGCGACUUUGAGAACCGCCAAUCCGCCCUCGGUACAAAGCGUCAGGCUCUCCAGGACAAAGUUGCCUAUGUCGCCGAUGUUGUCAAGCAACGCAAGGCUCUCCAAGAGAUUACCACUCGACUCCAAGAACUUGCCCAGCAUCAAUCUGCUCUUGCCUCUGGUACCUCCGAUGCCAACGACAGCGAGCUCGAGAGCCCACUGUCGGUGGACCAGCGCGAGUCUCGUAUCAACGAGUUGGCUCAGGAACUCGAGUCCUACUUUGGCGCAUUGGAGUAUCCUGUUGACCGCUCCACCGACGAGGCCAAGGCCAGAUCCGAAGCUGCCAAUGCUGUCAUUCGUCAGCACAUCGACUCUUGCCGUGCCCAGGUCGAAGCAGCCCAAAAGACCCUUGAUCAGGUCCUCUACGAUCGUGAGUUCUCGAAGCGUCUCCAGGACCUCACCGCCACAGAGAUGAAGCAGAGCGAGGAGAUCCAGGACAAGACCGACAAUCUGGAGCGUGUCAACAACUUGUUGAACUGGGCCUAUGAGACGACCGAGAGAGUGGCUUGUCUGUACUCCAGCGCUGAUUCAGACAGCGUGAAUACGACCGCGAAGGGAGAUGACGAUGAUCAGUCACUUUCACCCUCACCCUCAACCGUUGCUGGCCUCUCUGAGUCUACUCCCACCUUGACUGCCCUGUCGGUGUCUGCGUCGACCACCUCCGUUGCGACGUUGAUGCCUUCAUCACCUACCGCUGGAUCUCUGAGCUCUAUUUCCAAGGCCGAGCACAAUUUGUCGGUCCAGGAACUUUCUCAACUCCCGAAGGCCACCCUCGAAGCAAUCUCUGCUCACGCUGAGUCUUUGCGUCAAGAGAUUGAAGAGAUGAUCGAGUACAAGCGGGAGGUCCAGGAUGAGGUUUUGGCUGUCGACACUGAGCAUUCUGCCUCGGCCGAGAGCGAUGCCGAGACUACUCCUGAGGCAUUGGCCAAGCAGGACAGUAUCCUCAACGCUAAGCUCGCCCAUCUCGACACCGACGCCUCCACAGCACAGCUUCGAGAGAUGGAGGCCAAGAUUGAUCAGAACAAGGACAGGAUAUCAGAGUUGAACCACGGUAUCGAGUCCAAGCUUGCCGAGUUUGACACCGCCACCGAGGCUAUGCUUCUCUCUCUGACAAAGAAGGCCGAGACUGUCGCUUUGGCCCUGAAGGAGCGUCAGCGCAUGGAUGAUGAGCUGGCUCGACAGCUGGAGGCCGAGCGUCUCCGCUUAGAGGCUGAGCGUCUCCGUGCACAACGCGCAUUGGAGAUGCAGGAGCUCGAACUGUCCACCGAUAGGUUCAUAGCCUGGUCCGAGACUCAGAGACAGGAGCUUCACGACCUCUGGGAGAACAAGGGUUACUUUGCCAAGAACAAGGAGCCAGUUGCCGCGUCAGAGUCGGAGACUGUGGAGGGCUUGGUCGCAUUCCUGGAGACCGAGACGAUUCGAUUUGGGCAGGAACUCUGCCUCCAAAAGAACGCAUACCAGGAACUCAAGGAACGUUUGGAGACUCCCCAGUGCUCCGCCGUCAACGGCACUGUCAGUGACGUCGAUGAGCAUGCCUCGGAGCGUCAGCGUCAUGCGGAGAGAAUCACAUCCGCGUGGUCGUCCCUCGAGAAGGAGUCAGAUGGUUACAACUCGAUCCUCAAGCCCAUGAAGGAUUGGUCCAGCCUGCGUAUCGCCAUUGCCCAGUUCGAGAAGGAAGGACUUGCAGCAUUGGAGAAGCGCGUCGAGGCCCUACGUUGGGUGCACUGGGAGGCCUUCCAGCUCGAGGAGAACUCACUUCUUGAGCUGAUGGCAGCCGUCGAGGAACAGGCACGCGAGCUUUCCACCUGUGCGGAGACGAUUAGGGCUGCCGCUACCGCCGACUUUGUCGAGCGACUUGAUGCCGACGCAGAUCAAAAGGCUAUUUUGGAGGCCAACAAGGUCUACUUCGAGAAGCGCAUGGAGUCGAUCCCUGCCCGCUUGGAGGCAGCCAAGGCCCAAAUGGAGAUGAUUCAUGAGACCUCCAAGGAGAUCGCCCUCCACGGCAAGUUCCACGCCGAUCUGGUCCGCAUCGAAACCGCGAUUGCUCAGCAGAUCGACGCCGUCAAGGUCCGUCUCGGAAGCCUGGAGCGUUCCAGUUGUUUUGCAUUGAACAGUCAAGCCCUGGAAGCUAUGGUUAUGGCGGCCAACGAGGUCUCGGUCGAUGGUCAGUACCAGUUCUCGGUCUUGCAGGAGGUCGAGUACCCAGCUUUGCAACAAACUGCCUUUGAUCUCGACAUGUUGGCUACCGCAGAGGAUACCGAUGCAGAGUCUAGGGAUCUGGAGGGCAACAGUUCUGCCGCUGCCAACAAGUCGGGUGUUGAAGAGUCGAUGGAGCGUAUCCGACAGGCUUUGAAGCAGUUGGAGGGUUACAUCGAGGAGGAUUGUUUCGAGACCCUGAUGGCCGCCAAGUUCUAUACCCACUCUAAAGCCACCGAGGAUAUCCGCCAGUGGAUCACUGCUUGCCGCGACUCGAUGGCACAGACCAACAGCCCCAAGAGCCGCGAGCCAGCUGAGCAGGAGACGCGCCAGCAGACUAGAGAGUGGAAGACCAAGCAUCUCGAGACACUGGAGAGAAAGUUGGAUUCCUUUGGAGCGACCAUUCAGCACUACGACGAGCUCUCUGGUGACUUUAUGUUGCUUCACCACCCUCAGUCGAGCACUUUGGACCUCAACGAUCCAACCGAAGGCGACAACAACCACCACAACAACAAUGGCAACAACCCGGCCUCGAUGCGUGUGAUCUUGCGCCAAACAGUUCAGGAGCGCACCAAGCGAACCCGCGAGGACUGGGAGCUUCUCAAGCAGGAGUUCCUUUCCAAUACCGCGGCACUGGAGGAACAGUCUUCGGGGGAGGAGGAUGGUGUCAUCAACGGAUCCGAGAAUGUUCGUCAAGGAUCUGUGAGCACCACCGGUGCGCCUAUUGUCAAGGCCAAGGCCCUGGGUCGAUUUGGCGCUGAGAUCUUGGACGACAUUUCAAGAGUCUCGCGCGAGAUCCAAGAGCUGUUUGAUCAUGGAGCCAACUCGAACCACGCGACUUUGUCCUUGGCGGUGGAGUCUGAUGGAGCACUGGUCAAGUCCAAGCAGGGUGAGCAGCGCUUGGAUAUGGUCGAGGCUUAUAUCCGCGAGGUUCUCAAAGGCAAGGUCCAGCGAUUCGACGCGAUGUUGGCAACUGUUAAUGCUCAGAACGAGCAAGAUCCCUCGUCUCCAUCGUCUCCAUCGACUCCCCAGGAUCCAUCGAGCCCCUCUGUCACUACUCCAACGACACCCCGCCAAACUCGCCACCAGGAGAGGAUGGUUGGCGUGGCGAUGCAGCGUGGUCUGAUUGCAGAGUCGAUGAGCCGAUUGGUCGACUCCUGUCAUCGUCAGCGCAAGGAAGUUGAGGAGCAUGUCCGUGUCCAGAACGCGAUGGACCUCAUCCACGAAGCCAGCCUGCUCUGUGACUCGAUGAUGAAGACAGUGCUCUCGGCCGACAGUCUUUUGCACCCAACAUCGUCGACUGGCCCCUCCCCCAACGUGUCACUGUACAACCUUUCAUCUGCCUCUGCAUCCUCGACAACGUCUCUUACUUCGAUCCAGGCUGCCCAGCCAAAGUCACCCACCGCCAGCUCUCGGGGCUCUAUUUCGACAUCAGGAGCAGCAACCUUGCCACGUUCCGCAUCCACUAGACAGCGUCGCGCCUCGCGCGUCAACAAUGUGCGCCGAUCGUUCUCGCUCUCGGUGUUGAGUGAAGAGGAGGUUCAUCAGUGGGAGGCCGAUUACCGCAAUCUGAUGGACAAGUUUGAUGGAUACACCCAUGAUAUUGAGCAGCGUCUGGAUUCGAUCUCGGCCAUGGCUGACCGUUUGAACGACUGGAGAUUGGACGAGAACUACGGAGUCGCAACAGAACACUGGCAGCGGGUCAAGAAGUCUGCUCUCGCCAAGAAGCAGGAGCUCGACCGUAUCUGGACUUUGAGGGGCGGACAGCCAGUCAGCGGAGAUUCCAGUAACGGCGGCGUUCAUCCCUUGGGAGGCUCGCCUUCGUCGACCAGUCGCCCCAGUUUGACCUUGACCACGGCUUCCAACAGCCGUGUCAAAGCCAUCUUGGGCUCGCCAGUGGAUUCAUCCAUCAUGUCCAUGCCAAGGAAGAAGCGGUUCUCAACCGGCAACAUCAUGAGUCGCAGCACCUUUGUGCAUCCUUCACCUACGCCCAGCAUGACUACAACGCCAACCUUCAGUGGACCCAGCCACGCGGCUGGACGAUCAAACCGGACGGCUGGCCGUGUUCGUUCCGGUACCGCGCCUGGUAUCACCAUUUCUGGCUACAACAGCAGCAGCAGUCAGUUGGACGUGACGACGGCAACCAACAAGAAGUUUGCCAACAUCACUGCUCCCAACCUCCACGCCAUGUCGCCGACCUUGUCUCAGGAAGCCAAGAGACGUGCCCCUAUGAGCCGCAAGAACGACUCGACUUCAUCGGUUUCUUCGCUUUUGCAUGUUCAGGAUGGAGCCGCAACUUCGGCAGCACCACCGGGAGCCACGACGUCGCCCAAGCAACGAACGAUUUACAAGCCCGACAUGAGUAACGCUCUGGAUGUGGAGGUUGCUCGAGUUGUCAACGCCAGCGGGUUCACGAUGAAGGUCCAGAAGCUCAAGGAUGGUCACAGCCCGAACCUCUCGGCAGUUGGUGCAUCAGGCAACAAUGGAACGACAGGCUCGCUGAGCCGCCACCGAUCGGACUCGACCUCGAGUCUUGUGUUGAGUGGUUUGUCUGACAGUGGUGGUCUCGAUGGUGCAAGUGGCAAGGAUAGCAGUACCAACAGCAGUCCUCGUGUCGUGAAGACGGUCCGAGGACAGGGUGGCCGCUUGAGUGUGAGCACUGGUGGAUCGCCUUCGGAUGCCAGCAAGAAUGGAGAGGUUGGGCGGUAUGUCUUUGGAGACGUUGAGCCCAAAGUCUGCUACUGCCGUAUCCUUCGCAGUCGCAAGGUCAUGGUCCGCGUCGGAGGUGGAUGGUCUGAGCUUUCGAAGUUCAUGGAAGAUCAUGCCUCGUUAGAGCAGCGCAAGUCUAAGGCGCGUCUCCUGUCAGCUUCUAACUCUUCGGUCUCAGUGGUAUCUCAUUUCGGUGGCUCUGUCACAGUUCUCAGUGGAUCUGAGGCGUCCAGUCGACGACCCCUUCACGGCCUACCCGAUGCAGGAGGAUCCUCUGAUAGUCUCUCGGAUAUGAGCGGUGGAGGUGGCGACGUGGAUGGCGAUCGACUGUCGGUAUCUGGAGGCGGUGGCCGUGGCUUCGCAAGAAGCACGGCUAGCAGUCGACAGUCUGACAGGAGCCGGAGUGCGAGCAGAUCUCGAGGAGGAGAGGAUGGGACACCACGGCGGAAUAAGAAGGAGUUGGUGUACCAUGUCCGCCCAAGCGAUGAUCUGUCUCUGAAGGCGAUCAAGUUUGUCAAGGGUGGCGCCGGUGAAGGAUUGGUCGCCAUCUAA